AUGGAGUUACAGAAUUACUUGCAGCUAAAGACGGGGCGCAUCCAUUCAUUAUUUGAUAUGGGAAUGCGCAUUGCCGUUGCCAGGUUUGACGACGUUAGGUGCGGAGGGUUUCGACAACAGCCCGAUGUCGUCACAGAUCCUGUUGAUCCUGUUGACCAUUGCUGUUGCCAGCGCGAUGUCGUCACAGAUCCUGUUGAUAAGGCGUCAUUGAAUGCCAUUGCUGUUGCUAGGUUUGACGACAUCCUGUCGUCACAGAUCCUGUCGUUAACUGAUGUCGUCCAGAUCCUGUCGUUAACUGACAACAGCCCCGAUGUCGUCACAGAUCCUGUUGAUAGGCCUGUCGUCUUUAGAUGCUGUGUUCAAUGCUGUUGA